GUAUGCUUUCAACUCUGCAGUUCACAUCACUGCCACGGAUCAGCGGGCUGUUGGUCAGUCAGUGCUCCUACAAAUUACAGUAGUUAGCAGCAGCAAGUCUGAUUAGCAGAUAGUAGAUCACUUGCUGCUGUGAUUUAUUUGUGCGACUGAUCGAGUCGAGCGAUCAUGGCGGCCAUGGCGUCCACCGAUCCGGCGCAGAAGCAAAAGCCGCACGCGGUGUGCGUCCCGUACCCGGCGCAGGGCCACAUCACGCCCAUGCUCAAGGUGGCCAAGCUGCUGCACGCCCGGGGCUUCCACGUCACCUUCGUCCUCACCGAGUUCAACUACGCGCGCCUCCUCAAGUCGCGCGGCACGGCCGCGUUCACCGCCUGCCCCGGCUUCGACUUCGCCGCCAUCCCGGACGGCCUGCCGCCGUCCGACCCCGACGCCACCCAGGACAUCCCCGCGCUGUGCCGCUCCACCAUGACCACCUGCCUCCCCCACCUCGGCGCCAUCCUCGCCCGCCUCAACGGCCCCGCCUCCGUCUCGCCGCCGGUCACGUGCGUCCUCUGCGACGGCGUCAUGUCGUGGGCCUACGAGGCCGCCAGGGAGAUCGGCGUGCCGUGCGCCGCGCUGUGGACGGCCAGCGCAUGCGGCUUCAUGGCGUACAACCACUACAAGCAGCUCGUCGAGGACGGGCUCGUGCCGCUCAAGGACGAGGCGCGGCUCACGGACGGGUACCUGGACACGGCCGUCGACGGCGUGCCGGGGCUGUGCGACGGCUUCCAGCUGCGCGACUUCCCGAGCUUCAUCCGCACGACGGACCGCGACGACAUCAUGCUCAACUUCCUCAUCCGCGAGUCGGCGCGUCUGACGCUGCCCGACGCCGUCAUCAUCAACUCCUUCGACGACCUCGAGAAGCCGGCGCUGGACGCCAUGCGGGCCAUCCUCCCGCCCGUCUACCCCCUCGGCCCGCUCCUCCUCCAGGUCCGCCGGCUCGUCCCCGCGGGGUCCCCCCUCGACGUCGGCGUCGGGUCCAACCUGUGGAAGGAGCAGGACGGUCUCAUCGAGUGGCUCGACGGCCGGCCGCCGCGCUCCGUCGUGUACGUGAACUACGGCAGCAUCACGGUGAUGACGAACGAGCAGAUGCUGGAGUUCGCGUGGGGGCUGGCCAACAGCGGCUACCCCUUCCUGUGGAACGUCCGGCCCGACCUCGUCAAGGGCGACGCGGCGGUGCUGCCACCGGAGUUCCAGGCCGCCAUCGAGGGCCGCGGCCUCCUCACGACGUGGUGCCCGCAGGAGGUCGUGAUCGAGCACGAGGCCGUGGGCGUGUUCCUCACGCACUCCGGGUGGAACUCCACGCUGGAGAGCCUCUGCGCCGGCGUGCCGAUGCUCAGCUGGCCCUUCUUCGCGGAGCAGCAGACCAACUGCCGGUACAAGCGCACGGAGUGGGGCGUCGGGAUGGAGAUCGGCGGCGAGGUGCGGCGGGCGGAGGUGGCGGAGAUGAUACGGGAGGCCAUGGAGGGGGACAAGGGGGAGGAGAUGCGCCACCGCGCCACGGAGUGGAAGCAGAAGGCCGCGCUGGCGACGCUGCCAGGUGGACCCUCGGAGACCAAUCUGGACGGAUUAAUUCAUGUGCUGCUGGGCAAUAAGACGGGUCAAGCCUGAAAGUACAAAUUGGUGCGUGACGUCCCUGAUUUCGAUCGUGUUCUCAUUGUGUCCAUGUCCAGGGGGAUUUUCGUCGGUUCUGAAUUGGUACUAUUUGAUGAUAGAUGUGGAGAGCUGCUCUUAGCUUCAAAAAAAAAAAAAAAAAAAAACUUGUAGCGCGCGCAUUGUUCUGUUUUGCUUGUUACGUAAACACCGUCGCCGCGCCCGGCCCCGCCUUCUCCCGCCGCGCCGCCCUCUCCUCCGCCGUCCUCUCGCUCCGGCGAGCAGCACAAGCUCCGGCAAGCCGUCCCCGAGCUCGGCCCGAUCGGAUCUGAGAACGUUGACUUUUUCAUCUCUCCCCGAAAAACCGAAGUCCUUAUAUUUUUACAGUAUAUUGCCAUGUUCAUCGCAUCAUAACUCUCUGCAUAUAGCUCCGUUUCGCGCAUGUAAUAUAUCGAA